AUGGAUGCUCUGGCGCGAUCCAUUUUUUCUUUCGUGUCGAGUGGUUGCUUGGCGCGCUCUCCCUCCGCCUUCUUCCCUCCGGCCCGCGGUCUCCAAGCGGUUUGGCGCUCCUUUGCUCUUCGCUUGCUCCUCCUUCUUCUCUCGCUGCUCCGCAGUCCCCUCGGCCCUCUUCUCUCUUCAAUCCACCCGCUCCCACGCUCCCUCUUCCUCGACUCCUCCUGCCUGGCUAUUGGUCCUCCGUCCUCCUCCCGCUCUCCCCCCCCCACGCGCCAUGAACCCUCCUCCCCACCACCACCUUCCAUCCCCGUCGCCUCCUCCCGCGGCUUCGUUUGCCUCCGCUCCCCCUCCUCCGGAGAACUCACCGUCUCCAACCCCGUCACCGGAUCCUCCCGCAAAAUCCCACCUUUCGACCCCCCCGACCUCCUCGCCAUCGCCAUGGCCUCGCCCUCCUCCCCCCACGACCCUUCCUCGUACCACCUCGUCCUCGUCUACGGCGCCUCCCCCCACCUCGCCUCUAGGGUUUUCGACUCCCAAACCGACGCCUGGGGCGAGGAGAUCCCCUUAUCCCCCCACAAACCCACGGGCUCCUCCGAGCCCCAGGUCCCCGGGGACGAGCCCGUUUACUUCCUCUCCAAAACAGGGGACGUGGUCGCGGCCAAUAUGCAGCGAAGCCCCUGCAAGCAGUACUCCUCCGUUUUCGCCACCGAGAACGGGGACGACGUCGUGUACUUCCUCAGCCACUCGGGGACCGUGGUGGGGUGCAAUCUCACAAAAAGGUCCUUUUUCGAGCACCCGCGCCUCCUCCCCGCGUACUACGAGUACUCCAUCGACAUCGCCCUGUUCCGGGGGGAGCUCUGCGCAAUUGUGCUCUCCGAGUUCCUCGAGACCGCGAGCUUGCGCGUGUGGAGGUUCGCGAGGGAGACGAUGACGUGGCACCAGGUGGCGGCGAUGCCCCCCUCGAUGUCCCACGAAUUUUUCGGUAAAAAAGUGGAUAUAAACUGUGUGGGCUUCAAAGAUUGGAUUUUUACAUGCUUAAACUCGGGGGAUUUUAGCAGCUGUGUGGUCUAUGAUCUGGGGAGGGAUCAGUGGGUGGAGAUACCCAAGUGUCGCGUCGAUGGGGAGGCGAAGGAGUUCGUUUGUGCGUUCCCUUUUGAGCCCAGAUUGGAAGCUGUUGUUUGAGUUGUUUCGAUUGUGUAGAGUUUGAUUUAAAAAAUCUUUGUUCAAAAGUUGUAUCUUUUGAUUUGUUCUGGUUUGAUUUCGAAUGGUAAAUCCUUCAUUUGUUGCUGAGCAUCUUUAAAAAAAAUUCUUCUUCUUUGCUGCUGCAA